CCUUCACUCACCGCCGGGGCCGUUCCUCGUUCUUAUGAUGUUUUUUUUUUUUGCUCCUCUUUUUGUUCCCAGAGACUGAUCCCGCAGUUUUGUAGAUAAUACGUUGUUCUUGGCGAUCCCUGCAUAGGAUUCUUGUCGAUCUCCAUCUUCGUUUUCUUUUUAAUCUUCGAGGUGGAUUUGUUAUUGUUAGAAAUUAUGGGGUUAGGGUUUCUUAUUUGCUAGUGAUCUCUGCGCCUCGACUGUCGCAUAUCCUUCUUUAAUCAAUGGAGAAGAAGAAGGUGGCAGUUCCUCUUGUGUGCCAUGGGCAUUCGCGGCCCGUCGUGGAUUUGUUCUACAGCCCUGUUACACCGGAUGGAUUCUUCCUGUUCAGUGCAAGCAAGGAUGCAAAUCCAAUGCUUAGAAAUGGUGAGACGGGAGAUUGGAUUGGUACUUUUGAAGGGCACAAAGGUGCAGUUUGGAGUUGUUGCCUUGAUACCAAUGCAUUACGUGCAGCUACUGGAUCAGCUGAUUUUUCUGCGAAAGUAUGGGAUGCUUUAACUGGAAAUGAAUUGCAUUCAUUUGAACAUAAGCAUAUUGUCAGAGCAUGUGCCUUCUCUGAGGAUAUGCACCUGCUGUUGACUGGUGGAAUGGAAAAAAUAUUACGGACAUUUGAUUUGAAUCGCCCAGAUGCACCUCCUAGAGAGAUUGAUAAGUCACCUGGUUCAAUCAGAACAGUUGAUUGGCUUCAUAGUGACCAGACUAUACUUAGUUCUUGCACUGAUAUGGGAGGUGUGAGAUUGUGGGACAUAAGAAGUGGAAAAAUUGUGCAAACACUUGAAACUAAGUCACCUGUUACUAGUGCUGAAGUCAGUCAAGAUGGUCGUUAUAUCACUACUGCUGAUGGGUCAACUGUCAAAUUCUGGGAUGCAAAUCAUUUUGGGCUUGUGAAAAACUAUGACAUGCCAUGCACUGUGGAAUCCGCUUCACUCGAGCCCAAAUAUGGAAACAAAUUUGUUGUUGGAGGAGAAGAUAUGUGGAUUCAUGUCUUUGAUUUCCAUACGGGUGAAGAAAUUGUUUGUAACAAGGGUCACCAUGGUCCAGUUCACUGUGUUCGCUUCUCUCCUGGAGGCGAAUCUUAUGCCUCUGGGUCUGAGGAUGGCACCAUCAGAAUUUGGCAGAUGGGUCCGGUGGCUGAUGAUAAUGAUUCUUACAGCACAAACACGCCUCCUGGGAAACAAAAGGUUGGUGCUGAUGAGGUUGCUCAUAAGAUCGAGAGUUUUCACAUCACCAAGGAUGAGCUGAGGGAAUAGGUUUUCCAUCAAUUUACAUUCUGUUGGUUCCAUAUCUGCAAGGCCGUAUUGAUAGUUUUGCUCUUGUAAGUCGAGCCCACUUGAUACCUAUGAUGCCUCACUAGUUAGAUCCUUUUUAGAUGAUGCUAUCAAAGAACAAAAAAUCUUGCCCUUCUGUUUCAGAUUUUUUGUGUUCUUUUUAGUGCUCGAUCUGCAGUAACAGUUCUUUCUCAAGCUUGCCUUUGCCUAACAAUUAGUAUAUGAGCUUUAUUCUGGCAA